AUGUCAGAGUCCCAGCCGUUCACAUCGACCCUGGAUGUUCUGGCCCGUAUGCUCCCAGAACACCUGCUGAAGCCGCGCGUUGGCAUCGUGUGCGGAUCUGGCCUAUCGACGCUGGCAUCCAGCUUCCGAGACGUGGUCGAGGUGCCGUACUCUGAGCUGGAAGGCUUUGGAAAGAGUACUGUGUCUGGGCAUCGGAGUGCACUGGCAUUUGGACUCCUCGGGCCAGGGGCAGGCGUGCCGGUCGUAGCAAUGCUCGGACGGUUCCACACAUAUGAAGGACACAAAUUGUCGACGGUCGUAUACCCCAUCCGGGUGUUCGCAAAGCUGGGCGUGCAGAAUGUCAUCAUCACGAACGCCGCCGGCGCGUUGAAUCCAAAAUUUCCGGUGGGCACUAUCGUCGCAAUUCAUGACCACUUGGCGAUCCCAAACAUGACCGGAUCUCUCAAUCCGCUAUUCGGGCCCCUCGUCGACCCGGAUCACCCACGAUUCAUGCCGUUGUCAGACACGUACUCCACCAAGCUGCGCCGUCUGCUCUUCCUGGCAGCCCACGAGCUUCAGCUCGAGGACUCUGCGAUAUAUGAGGGCACGUACGCGUGGGUGUCUGGGCCGACGUAUGAGACUCCGGCGGAGGGGCGCUUCCUGCGCGCCGCAGGGGCGGAUGUGGUGGGCAUGAGUACCGUGCCCGAGGUGCUGGCGGCGCGCCAGGAGGGUAUGGAGGUGCUCGUGCUGAGUCUGGUCACGAACCCGGUGAUCAUCCCGGAUUCCUACCGGAGCAUCAAAGCGGAGGUGAAGGCCGAGCUGGCCGGGCAGAAGGUGAAGCAGCCGCCUGCGCAGGUGGUAUCUCAUGAAGAAGUGCUUUCCGUGGGUAAGCAGAAGGCAGAGGUCAUGAAAAGCCUUGUCGCACAUAUUGUCGAGUUACUGAAUUAG